AUGGAGGAUGUUGUUGAAAAAGUACCAGUUCCCCGUCGCUUUGCCAAUUAUCAUCCAAGCGUUUGGGGAGAUCAUUUUCUUGCGUAUGCUUCUCAGCAUAAGGAAAAAUUCUUCGAAGGAGAGGGAGAGCUUCAACGGCUAACAGAAGAGGUUAGAAAGAUGUUAACUGAAACACCUGACGAGUUUCCUGGAAAGCUAGACAUGAUAGACACCAUUCAGCGUCUUGGGGUGUCGUACCAUUUUGAGAGUGAAAUCGAGGCAUCAUUGCAAAAGAUUUUCGAUGCCUACCAUGAGUUGAAUCACAAAGAUGGCAAUGACCUCUACACUAUUGCUCUUCGUUUCCGAUUACUCAGACAAAAAGGUUUUCAUGCCUCUUGUGACGUGUUCAACAAAUUCAAGAACCCGAAAGGAGAUUUUAAGGAAUCUCUGACGAGCGAUAUGCGAGGAAUGUUGAGCUUGUACGAAGCAGCAAACUUUGGACUACACGGGGAGAAGGUUUUGGACGAAGCGCUGAAAUUUACUUCUGAUAACCUUGAAUCCUUGGUUCCAAACUUGAGCAAUUUUCUUGCUGCACAAGUUGUUCAAGCUCUUAAGCUGCCGAUCCAGAAAACUUUGACAAGGCUGGGAGCAAGGCAGUACAUAUCUCUCUACCAACAACAUGAAUCACAUGAUAAAUUGUUGCUUAAAUUUGCAAAAUUGGAUUUUAACAAAUUGCAGAAGUUGCAUCAGAAGGAACUAGGCGGUCUAACAAAAUGGUGGAAAGGCUUAGAUGUUGCAACGAACUUGCCAUUUGCAAGGGACCGAUUGGUGGAGUGCUACUUUUGGAUUUUUGGAGUGUAUUUUGAGCCCAAAUAUUGCUUCGCUAGAGAAGUGCUAACAAAAGUAAUCUCCAUCACUUCUAUCAUUGACGACAUUUAUGAUGUCUAUGCCACUCUGGAUGAAUUAAUCAUUUUCACAGAUGCGAUAGAACGGUGGCACAACAAUGAAUUGGAUCGAUUACCAUCUUAUAUGAGACACUGUUACCGUGCCUUGCUGGAUGUUUACAAAGAAUUCGAGGAAAACUUGGCCAAGGAAGGCAGAUCAGAUAGAGUCAAUUAUUCAAAAUUAGAGAUGAAAAAGUUAGUGAAGGGAUAUCUUCAAGAGGCCAUAUGGUUCCACAAUGGCUACAUCCCAAAAGUUGAGGAGUACAUGAAGGUUGCACUUGUCACAGGAGCAUACAUGAUGCUAGCAACAACUUCCAUGGUUGGAAUGGGAGAUUCUUUGACUACACAAACUUUUGAUUGGGUAACAAACGAACCAUUAAUCGUUAGAGCUGCAUCAGUCAUUUGUAGAUUAAUGGACGACAUGGCUGGACACGAGUUUGAGCAGGAAAGAGGACAUGUGGCCACAGCUGUUGAGUGUUAUGUGAAUGAAUAUGGGGUUACAAAGCAAGAGGCAUUUGAUGAAUUUAACAAACAGGUAGCCAAUGCUUGGAAAGAUAUAAAUGGGGAAUGCCUCAAUUCAAAUGCAGUGCCUAUGGCCGUUCUUGAGCGAGUUAUGAACCUUGCAAAGGUCAUAAAUCUGUUAUACAAAGACGAAGAUCAGUAUACGCAUUCUGCGACCAAGCUCAAGGACUUGAUUACCGCUGUGCUUAUAGAUCCAAUCCCAAUAUGA